UCUCUCUCUCUCAACACUCAAGCUGCUCUUUUUAUACUCAAAGACCCUUCUCUGGAAAUUUGCCCUUGUGUUUCUUUUGCUCUCGUCUGCUGUCAUUUUCUUUCUUUCCUUCAAUUUAUUUUGUUUGAUCUUGAGGAAAGAUUACAGAAAGAUGACUGGUGCUUCAGAAUGUGAAAGUGUUACUCUUGAUCUGCUGAAGAAGAAGAUGACAGAUUUUGCUAAGGAGAGGGACUGGCAGCAGUUUCACAGCCCCAGAAACCUCCUUUUGGCUCUGGUGGGUGAGGUUGGGGAGCUCUCAGAGAUAUUCCAGUGGAAAGGGGAGGUUCCGAAGGGGCUGCCGGACUGGAAAGAAGAGGAGAAAGUUCACCUGGGUGAAGAGCUUUCAGACGUUUUGCUCUAUCUUGUUCAGCUCUCUGACAUCUGCGGCAUCGAUCUUGGCAAAGCUGCUCUCAGAAAGGUUCAACUCAACGCAAUAAAAUACCCCGUUUCAAAUCAGCAAAGCCAAGCCAGCAUUAACAGCUCCCAGGCUGGUUGAUUUGGAACAGGAUUUUUAUUUUAUAAUAUUUAGUUAGUUAUAAUAAAAAAGUAUUAAAUACAUUUUUACUAUAAUUAACUGGAUAUUAUUCCAUUUCACUGAAACGAAGAGGACUGACUUUUCUGUGUAUUUACUAAGGUUUGUAGGGGGCUUAGGAUAGGCCUUUUGUGGAAGGUUUUUUCAGUUUUCAUUGCAUGGAGACUUGUGUGGGCCGGUGGCCUUGUUUCCCAUUGAUUUCUCACAGAUUUUGCUACUGUUUUGGCUGUGAUAUCAUAAUUCAUAAGCAUUUCUUCUUCUUUUUUUA